AUGUUAGAUGAUGAGACAGAUGAAGAUGGUAUUGAUAUAAAUGAGAUUAAAAUAGGUAAUAAUAUAAAUGAGAUAGAGAUAUUCUGUUAUGGAAUAUUACGUCAAGACAAAAAUUUAGUAGCAGAUUAUUAUUUAAAAGUAAAGAGGUGUAAUAAUAUUGCCAAUUUUAGCGAAAAGCGUCUUAAAAAUAAAUUCAUUGAUAGAUUAACACUUGAAAACUAA